UGCGAAAGCAACUCCCAAAGCUGAGCUACGGGCAGUCUGUAGCAGACACUCGUGGAGAGUAGUGAUAAUGGAGUGAAGAAAUGCAGCCAUGUUGUCGUUUAUUGCGUCUUCGUAGUGGUUAUGUGCAUUAUUUAUCAGUGUGUGUGAGCUAAGAAGAGUGGUGCUGUAGUACUUUAUCUUCUAUAGGGAUUUGUGUCACUAAAAUGAGUUGGGGAACGGAACUAUGGGAUCAGUAUGACAAUAUAUCUCUCCACACGCAGAAAGGAAUAGACUUUUUAGAAAAAUAUGGGCAUUUCAUCCGAGAUCGCUGUACAAUCGAGUUGGAGUACGCCGGGAAGCUGCGGAGGCUAGUGAAAAACUAUCAACCUAAGAAGAAAGAUGAAGAAGACUAUCAGUAUAGCCCUUGCCGGGCAUUCAAGCAUGUGAUGACAGAAGUUAAUGACCUCGCAGGACAGCACGAAGUAAUUGCGGAAAACCUCCAAGCGAAUGUUAUAAGGGAACUUAAUAUCCUAGUGAAAGAUAUAAAGGAAGAACGGAAAAAGCAUCUACAGGAUGGUGCACGUAUGGUGCAGAAUUUAAAUACACAAAUUUUAAGCCUCGAUCGUGCAAAGAAGAAUUAUGAGAAGGCUUUCAAGGAAGCAGAGCGUGCAUUAGAAAAUUUUCAGCGUGCAGAUGCAGACUACAAUUUAUCCAGAGCAGAGGUUGAGAAGCAGCGAAUGAAUAUGGCAAUCAAAUCACAGCAGUGUGAAGAGACAAAGAACGAGUAUGCAAAUCAGCUGCAAAAAACUAAUGAACUGCAGAAUCAACAUUACCAUAUCCUUAUGCCAGAUGUAUUCCGACAGUUGCAAGAGCUGGAUGAGAAACGCAUUAAGAACAUCAAAAGUUUCAUGAUACAGUCUGUAGACAUAGAAAAAAAUGUUUUUCCUAUCAUCAUCAAAUGUUUGGAUGGGAUUGUGAAUGCUGCAGAACAAAUCAAUGAGAAAGAAGACACACAACUUGUGAUAGAAAGGUAUAAAUCGGGGUUUCAACCCCCAGAAGACAUACCUUUUGAAGACCUGAGUGCAAUUAAAAGUGGUGAAAUGCCACCACCAAUAAACCCUGUACCUAUUACCACUCUUAGGCCUGAAGCUAUGACAGUGAAAGGAACUAUGUCAUCUGGGAAACUUAAGAAAAGAGUGGGAUUGUUUGGGAUCUUCAGUUCCACUAAGAACAAUUUCUCUGCAAAUGCUGACAAUAAGGAGGAUUACAGUGAUCUGCCACCAAAUCAAAGGAAAAAGAAACUACAGCAAAGGGUGGAAGAGAUAACAGCAAAAAUUCAGCAAGAAACAGCUGCAAGGGAUGGACUAAUGAAGAUGAAAGGUGUUUAUGAACAGAACCCAGCACUAGGUGAUCCUAUGUCGAUAGAAGGUCAACUGAAUGAAAGUGGUCACAAGCUGGAUAAGCUGCGUCAGGAACUUCAGAAAUACCAGAUGUAUCUGGAAGAAGCAAACAAGCCAGCAGUUAGCCCAUCUGCACCUAGCAGAAGAAGUAAAAGUCAUUACAAUGGAGCACACUUACAGCAGAAUCACAGAAAUAGUGGCGGCUCAGGGGGAGAAGAGGAUUCUCUGAGUCGGUCAGCAUCCGACUCAAGUGUUUCCAACCCUACUCUAAACCACAAACACUCAGCUCCUGGAACGCCACUGCCAUCCCAUGGCUCCUCAAACAGCCCUGAGUCUGGACUUGGGACCUCUCACACGAGUUUGCCUGACUCUGACAAUGAGCACGGAGAUAACGAUCCUGCCCCUGGGGAUUACUGUGAUGGAGACUUGCUGCCUGCUCUGGGAGUAUGUAGAGCUCUUUAUCCUUUUGAAGCUACCAGUGAAGGCUCAAUACCAAUGCACGAUGGGGAGGAGCUCUUCAUCAUUGAACUUGAUCAGGGUGAUGGAUGGACCAGAGUGAGGCGACAAAAAGAUGGUGAAGAGGGAUUUGUGCCCACAUCGUAUAUUGAGUGCAACUUGUAUAAAUAUAACAGCUGUUAGGGAGUGAUAUAGUCUGAAUAAUCCUAACACACUGACAAUUUGCACAGCAAUUGAGUGUGGAUGUUGUGAUGUUUUUGAAGCAACUGGCUGCAGGGAUUGAAGAAAAAUAUUGCUCAUAUUCGAUUCUGAGUAUCAACUGCUGACAGAGAAGCUGUGACUUAUUUGUAUAUAUGAUCUUUUGUAUACUUAAUGGCUUUUCCUGUUUCGCAGGCUGAAGGCGUACUAUGUAACAUUUGUCUUGUUAUUCUCUGACUGCAUUGCAUUUGGCAAUAUGAAAUUGACUGUAAUUUGAAAAAUGUAAUUGUGCAUUGUUAAGAAGUUUGUGAAACUUUUGACUGUUAAUGAUAAGUUAGUUAACCGUCACCAUAAAUGUCAUCAUAAUGUAGUUACUCGUGCUCCAUGUAAUUUUUUUUAAAGAAUUACUGGUUAGCAAAUCUUUCUUUCAUUCUAAAAUAUUUAUACAAAAUAAUGUGCUUUGAAUACAGCAUAUAUUUCCAUAUUGUCAUUUACUGUCUCUGAUACUCAGGUGGGUAUAAUUAAUGCAGAGAUUGUAAAUAUAUUUUCCAUAUACAACAUGCAAAUUAAUACUUUAGGUGUAAAUAAAUGGCAACUGUGCUUGUCCUUUUUAUAUAUGACAGUUUUUGUUAAUAUUUUCAUCUUAAUGACAUUGCAGUAUGCUGUUUAAACUACCAGCAGGCUGUGGCAUAAUAUUUAUUCCAGAAUUGUAAAAAUAUAAAUACACAAUUUCAAAUAAGUA